UCUGGUAACGUGACUUCCUGGUAACGUGUUAGGUAGGAAAAGCAGUAAAAAAGUGCAUAUUAAGGGAGCAGAUUUGAAAUAAUAUUUAUACUUAACAAGAAAUAAUUAAAGGUUCAAUGGGGAGACCUAAAGAUUUACGCAUAUGGGAGCACUACCGUACUUUACCAAACAAGUCUGUUUCUUGCAAGCUUUGUAAUAAGGUCUACAAAUUCAGUAAUGCUGCCAAAAUGCUUCAACAUCUUAUCACUUGUCCAAAAUCUCCAGAAACAUUAAAAGACUCUAUGAAACUUAUAAAAGAUAGCUCGUCCAAAACCAAAAUGUCUGGACUGUCAGAGAUAGAGACAAAUGAUUCUUUUAUAAGCCCCUCGUCGUCUGCUAACACUACAAUAAAUGCUGAGUUUCAAGACACCGAUGAUCAUAUAAAAACAGAAUUAGCGAGAGCUAUAUUUGUAACAGGGACGCCAUUAUCGAUGGUGCAACAUCCUUUAUGGAUACAAUUUUUCGAAAAAUUGCAACCAAAAUUUAAAAUACCUUCACGUAAAGCUUUAGCGACAAAAUACUUAGAUAAAAUAUAUAGAGAAAUGCGUUUUGAGUUAAAUGAGGAACUAAAUGCUUGUAGUUACUUACACCUUCAGUGCGAUGGCUGGUCUAAUUUAAGAAAUGAAGGAAUAAUAAACUUUCUUAUAUCAAAACCUCAACCUGCAUACGUUAAAAGUUUGAAUACAGAAAGUAAUCCUCACACUAGUGAAUACCUUAGCCAAGAAGUUGAAAAAGUAAUGAAAGUGUAUGGAGCAAAUAAGUUUCUUGUACUUAUUGGCGAUAACGCUAGAAAUAUACAAAAGGCAUUCGAAUUAACAAAACUCAAAUAUCCACAUGUUGUUCCUCUCGGUUGCUGUGCACAUAUCCUUAACUUGUUGUGCCAAGAUAUUGUAAAGAUACAAGAAGUAACUGUGUUUAUUAUGCAAGCCAUAAAUAUAAUAAAAACUGUUAAAAGGAGUCAACGAUUAAGUUCCUUGUUGAUAAAAUCAAGGCAGGGUGAAGAUUCUACACAAACACUAAAAUUGCCUUGUGCUACAAGAUGGGGAAGUCAUGUUACUUCGUUAAAAAGUUUGAAAGCAAAUAAGAUAGCUUUGCAAAUAUUAACAGUUAGAGAAGAUGUGGUAAUUUCAAGAGAUAUUAAAGAUUUAAUUCUAAGUGAUGAUUUCUGGACGAAGACAGGGGAAUGUAUAAGUAUUUUGGAACCAGUCACUGAAAGCAUAUUUUACUUAGAGAGCGACCAGAAUCGUUUGCAUCGCACAUACAUUACAUUUAGAGAUGUACAAGCUAAGAUACGUUUUGCAUUAAAUGAGAUUUCGACAUUGAGCGAAGAAAGCAAACAGCAGAUUCUAACAUCAGUAUCUUCAAGAUGCAAUAUGGCAAUGAGGCCAAUACAUUUUGCAGCAUAUAUUCUAGACCCCAGGACUCUAGGAGUCGAACUUACUCAAGAGGAAGAACUUAAGGGUAUGGAGUUUAUCUACAAUUUAAGCCAACACUUAAGUUUGUCAAAUGUAAUGGCAGAUUUGGCGUGUUAUAAAGCUAAAGAAAACUUUUGGGCCAGAGGAUUUGUAUGGAGCUCAUUAGAUAGCAUUGAGCCCCUAAUAUGGUGGAAAGGUAUUUGUGGUUCCACUGAGUUAAGCAAAGUAGCGAUUCGUAUUCUAUCAGCUCCCUGUACUUCGGCAGCCACUGAGCGUUCCUUUAGUAUCCAAGGCUACAUACAUAAUAACAAAAGAAAUCGACUUACAACUGAAAGAACUGAAAAAAUUUCAUUCAUUUGUUAUAACUGGAAUCUUAAACAUAAAGCUGAAUGCGAGGACAUUCAGUUUAAUGAAGAAAAUACCUUAGAAGCUUUCAUUGAGCAAGUAAAUGAACAUAACAGUUUAGACGAAAUAGAGCCUAUCGAACCUAUACAAUUCAUCGCUUGUAAUAACUCUGAAUCUGACAGUGAUUGACUGUAGUUUUACAUUUUACUUUCAUCUCUUUCUUAAUAAACUCAAAAUCAAAUUAAAAGUUUUUUAUUCUGUAGGCUGCAUAAUAAUAUUGUCUAUGUCCAGUAUAGUGGACGUCUUGCGGCUGAGAUGACGAUGAUGAAGUACAAAAUCAUAAACACCCAAAAAUUUGGGUGUUUAUGGGGUUUAAACCCAAUAAACCCAAAACACCCGGUUUUUACCCACCAGACUUUAAACCCACCCAGGUGGAUUGCCCAUCUC